CCCUAUCUGUCCGGUCGAAUAUCAACACACGAUUAUACCGUACAUAUAGCCCCACUGGACCGAUCAUCAGGUACAGGUCUUCCUUCGCCGACCAUGGCAGUUCUGGUUCUGACUCUGGCUCUCGCCAUUGCCCAGGUGGCUUACGGCAAAUACUGUGGAUGUUUCAAUCCAAAUCCAAACCCUUUUCCUAUCCCACCUUACACUCCUACUCCUGUGGUGCCUCCUUACACUCCUCCCACUCCUGUGGUGCCCCCUUACACUCCUAGUCCUGUGGUGCCUCCGUUCGUCCCAUCGCCAAUCGUACCCCCUGGCUUCGAGGAGGGUUGCUGUCCGGGUCAAGUGAUCGAGCAGAAAACCGUGGUGAACAAGAACGUCAAUGUACCCUACACAUACUCAGUCCCCGUUUACUCCCAGAAGUGCAACAAGAGAACUAGUGUCCAACGCACCGUAGUACCUAAGAGCUCUUCUACCGACCAGUGCCAAGUCCAGGAGACGACCUCAGUCACACCCACCACGAACAACGAAGUGGCCGAGCAAGCACUUUGUAAGAAGGCAUGUACCACCAAUGAGUACGUGAUCCAAAUCCCUGUUGUCGAGACCGUCUGCCAGAACACUCCUUUCUGCAAGAAGACAUCUCGCUCUCAGGACAACGUUAUAACAUCCGUCGCCAAGAAACUCUCUUGCGCUAGAAAGACCUGCUCACAGGAGCAAGUAACCACCACCCCCACCACAGAAACUGUAUGCCAGAAGUACCAAUCCCUAGUGCCCAAGGUCGGAACCAGGACUGUAGUAAAGCCCGAAGUCGUCAAGAAAUGCGUUCAGCUUCCGCCCUACAAGUGUCUCAAGCCCGUUGGUCCUAGCCCUGCUCCAGUCCCACUCCCAGGCCCACUCCCCUAUUACGUAGCUGAGGCCGAAGCUGCUGCCGCCGCUUCUGCUGCAAAUGCAGGUUACUUUACCGGAUAUACUCCCUCUUCUGCCGUCUCUGCUGAAGUUGCCGCUGCCGAAGCUGCUGCUGCCGCAGGUUACUUUACCGGAUAUACUCCCUCUUCUGCUGUCUCUGCCGAAGUUGCCGCCGCCGAAGCUGCUGCUGCCGCAGGUUACUUUACCGGAUAUACUCCCUCUUCUGCUGUCUCUGCCGAAGUUGCCGCUGCCGCUGAGGCUGCCGCCGUUGCCGAAGCUACUGCGGCUUCUGGAGCCUUGGUUGCAGCUGAAGCUGCGGCUGCUGCUAGUGCUGAAGCUGCUGCCAAUGCUGCUGCUAGCGCUGAAGCUGCUGCCCAUCUCAGUCACGGUGCCGUCUACCUGCCCAGCACGUCUAAACCAACACCUUGUCUUUGCGCCUGCGGUUAGGUUAACCUUUGAAAAAAAAAAUAAAAACACCCAAAAACAUAAGAAACAUGAUACAGUACUAAAAUACUCACUGUUUCUAAGUGCUAAAUAAAUCGAGUGCCUAUUAUAA